AUGAAACCGCAUAAAAGAUGUUGUUGCGAACCUGGAGGAUACAUGCCUCCGAGAGGUGGUAAGAGAAGGAGCGAUCCCUGUCGACCUCAACCUAAUCCGACUGGUAGAAUCCCCUGGCUUCAACCGAGAAGAGAUGAAAGACGUGAUCCGGAUGUUGUCAAUUUAAGAAGACAUCGUGUCGUCGAUGAAAUUCAAGAUAUUGUACAUGGAGAAGAGAGAAGAAGAUUAUACCCGACGCCGUGGGCCGCGAGAAGAGCUUCCGUGGGUGGGGAAACGCGUAUACCCGGUCCCUUUUGGAUGAGACCGAGACGAGACGAGAGAAGGGAUGUCGAUACAACGAGAAGGAGAAAAUUUGACAGGACGCCGUCCGAAGUGAGAGAAAUUAUACACGGUGGCGGUGGCGGAAGAGAACGUCCGGGACCGAGAGGACGAGGUCGUAGAAGUUUUACUCCGUAUUCGGAAGUCAAAUACAUCAUACACGGAGGAGCGGGGAGAGGUACCAAUGUGAGGCAUCCGUUAGAUAUACCCCGUUUGUACAGAAGGAAAAGUUCAAAUUCUCGAAUACCCGGACCGUUUUGGCUUCAUAACCGACCCGAUGCCAGAAAGGAACCCGACGUUUUGAGAAAAAGAAAAUUUACGAUUUCAAACGAAGUGAGAGACGUGAUACACGGAGAAGAAGAAAGAACGAGAAAUAGAUUAGCCGCAAGACCGGGUGUCCCAUCAACGUCUCAGGGAGUCACGAGACAAAGUUCACUUCCGGUUUUACAACCCUUUUGGCUUUUACAACGUAGAGACGAAAGGAGAGAACCCGAAUUCGAUGAGAAAAGAUUAGCGGGACGAGCGCGACACGAAGUAGCAGAAAUCGUUCACGGUGAUGAUUUUCGUCAGCAGUGGUAUCCCUCGACGAGCGGCGGAAUGGAUGAUGAAUCGAUAUUAGAAGAAGAUUCGGAUGAUGACGAUGACGGUGAAUCGUUUAGAUACAAAAGAGCAUGCAAAUGCGCUCCGAGACCGAGGGGACCAACGAGCGGUUGGGAUUCGUUGACGCCGAGUGUAAGCGACUUGAUGGGAAGAGAAGACGACUAUGAAGCUUAUUAUCCAGAAGCCAGGCUAAGUUGUCCCCCCACAGCGGAUACUUCUGGGUUUGAUCAACCCAAUACGUUCAUGAGAAAGCUCUAUAAAAAAUAUCCCUACUUAUAUCAGAUCCUUAAAGAAACUCCCCCCGAAGAAUUGGUAUCAAAAGUAUUCAAAGAUAGAUUUUUAUCAACUUAUCAAGUGGAUUAUUUACACAUGGGAGUCGGUAGAGGAACGCGCAUGGGUGGAGGAGGUAGAGAAAGAGAAGAAAUACUUUACGAUGGUGACGAUGAACCCGAAGCCGUACCGGGAUGCUCAUACAGGCGUAACACGAAAGGAGAUUACGGAAGGAAAAAAACGGACUACAAUAGAGAACCCAAAGAGGAUGAUUCGACGCCAACAAAUGAAAAAACGGAAAAGGAAGAACCAAGAGUUAGCGAAUAUAUGGGAACGGUCAGUCGACUCGGAGGUGAAAUAGUAACCGAUCAACUUUACAAAGUAGCCGAAAUCACAAAAAAAAUGAAAACUCAAUAUACUGGCCCGCAUUUAUUUUUCGCAACAGAUGAAAUUUAA